GGGGCGGGCCAGACCGCUCGGAACCGUGGCGGCGGCGGAGGCGGGGAUCCCGCGGCUGCGGCGACGGUGGCCGCGGUGGAGCCACGGGGCGGGCUCGGCUUGGUGUGACGGCGGCUGCGGCGGCGGUGGCGGCCGCGACCAGGUCGGCGUCCUCGGCUGGCCGAGCAUGGUGGCAGCCUGCACCCUUGGCUCCUCGUCUGGUGCAGCCAGCAGAGCCGCCAGCCUUGGGCGCCCAUGGCCCUCCGUGUGAGGGCGUGAGCGGCCUGCCCCAGCCUCACCUGCUGAUGGAGGACUCAAUGGCCCAGUGACCUGACACCACGCUACCAACUCCCUCCCACCAGUUGACGAAUGGUGGACCCAGCGACGAGUGGCCCUUGUAAGGGUCAUGGAAUAAUUUGAAGCGAGGCAUGAGCGGCCCCCGUGGUCGCCUGUGACUGCUGGAGAUAGAGGUCCCAGCACCCCAAGCCAACCCAGCGGACCCUCCCAGCCCUGCUCCAGCCAAUGGGGCCAGUGGGGCUCCAAGCAGCCACCUAACCAUCCAGACCCCACCCCACCCACGUGGCCAUGGCGGGCCCUGAGGGCUUCCAGUACCGCGCUCUGUACCCGUUCCGCCGGGAGCGGCCGGAGGACCUGGAGCUGCUGCCCGGCGACGUGCUGGUAGUGAGCCGGGCGGCCUUGCAGGCACUGGGCGUGGCCGAGGGUGGCGAGCGCUGCCCACAGAGCGUGGGCUGGAUGCCCGGCCUCAAUGAGCGCACACGGCAGCGAGGUGACUUCCCUGGCACCUACGUGGAGUUCCUAGGGCCCGUGGCCCUGGCCCGGCCCGGCCCUCGCCCACGGGGCCCCCGCCCACUGCCCGCCAGGCCCCGUGAUGGGGCCCCUGAGCCAGGCCUCACACUCCCCGACUUGCCUGAGCAGUUCUCCCCACCUGAUGUGGCUCCCCCUCUUCUGGUGAAGCUUGUGGAGGCCAUUGAAAGGACAGGGCUGGACAGCGAAUCUCACUACCGCCCGGAGCUGCCCGCACCGCGUACAGACUGGUCCCUGAGCGACGUGGAUCAGUGGGACGCGGCAGCCCUGGCUGACGGCAUUAAGAGCUUCCUGCUGGCACUGCCCGCGCCGCUCGUGACCCCCGAGGCCUCGGCCGAGGCGCGCCGGGCCCUGCGGGAGGCCGCGGGACCCGUGGGGCCGGCGCUGGAGCCACCGACGCUGCCGCUGCACCGCGCGCUCACGCUGCGCUUCCUGCUCCAGCACCUGGGCCGCGUGGCCCGCCGCGCCCCGGCCCUGGGUCCCGCGGUCCGGGCCCUGGGCGCCACCUUUGGGCCGCUGCUGCUGCGCGCGCCGCCGCCGUCCUCGCCGCCGCCAGGGGGCGCUCCCGACGGGAGUGAGCCCAGCCCUGACUUCCCGGCGCUGCUGGUGGAGAAGCUGCUUCAGGAGCACUUGGAAGAGCAGGAGGUUGCACCCCCAGCGCUGCCGCCUAAACCCCCCAAGGCAAAGCCGGCCCCUACAGGCCUGGCCAAUGGAGGGAGCCCACCCUCCCUGCAGGAUGCUGAGUGGUACUGGGGGGACAUUUCAAGGGAGGAGGUGAACGAGAAACUCCGGGACACUCCUGAUGGCACCUUCCUAGUCCGAGAUGCUUCUAGCAAGAUCCAGGGCGAGUACACGCUGACCCUCAGGAAAGGCGGGAACAAUAAGCUGAUCAAGGUCUUCCACCGAGAUGGGCACUAUGGCUUCUCAGAGCCACUCACCUUCUGCUCCGUUGUGGACCUCAUCAAUCACUACCGCCACGAGUCGCUGGCCCAGUACAACGCCAAGCUGGACACACGGCUCCUCUACCCUGUGUCCAAAUACCAGCAGGACCAGAUUGUCAAGGAGGACAGCGUGGAGGCGGUGGGCGCCCAGCUUAAGGUCUAUCACCAGCAGUACCAGGACAAGAGCCGCGAGUAUGACCAGCUCUAUGAAGAGUACACACGAACCUCCCAGGAGCUGCAGAUGAAGCGUACCGCAAUUGAGGCCUUCAAUGAGACUAUCAAGAUCUUUGAAGAGCAGGGCCAGACUCAAGAGAAGUGCAGCAAGGAAUACCUGGAGCGCUUCCGGCGUGAGGGCAACGAGAAAGAGAUGCAGAGGAUCCUGCUGAACUCCGAGCGGCUCAAGUCCCGCAUUGCCGAGAUCCAUGAGAGCCGCACGAAGCUGGAGCAGCAGCUGCGGGCCCAGGCCUCGGACAACCGGGAGAUCGACAAGCGCAUGAACAGCCUCAAGCCGGACCUCAUGCAGCUGCGCAAGAUCCGAGACCAGUACCUCGUGUGGCUCACCCAGAAAGGCGCCCGGCAGAAGAAAAUCAACGAGUGGCUGGGGAUUAAAAAUGAGACUGAGGACCAGUACGCACUGAUGGAGGACGAGGACGAUCUCCCGCACCACGAGGAACGCACUUGGUACGUGGGCAAGAUCAACCGCACGCAGGCAGAGGAGAUGCUGAGCGGCAAGCGGGAUGGCACCUUCCUCAUCCGCGAGAGCAGCCAGCGGGGCUGCUACGCCUGCUCCGUGGUAGUGGACGGCGACACCAAGCACUGCGUCAUCUACCGCACGGCCACCGGCUUCGGCUUCGCGGAGCCCUACAACCUGUAUGGGUCGCUGAAGGAGCUGGUGCUGCACUACCAGCACGCCUCGCUCGUGCAGCACAACGACGCACUCACCGUCACCCUGGCGCACCCAGUGCGCGCCCCGGGCCCCGGCCCGCCGCCUGCCGCCCGCUGAACGCCGAGGACCCGCCCCAAGCAGAGCCGCCCCUGGGCCCGUCUGCACCGGAGGCUGUGGCAGCGGGAGCCACGGACCAGACCAGCCACAUCCAGGGGUCCUCAUUUCUCCGGCUCUGGCUCUUGUUUGGGGUUCUCUCACCCUCUUUCUCUUUCCUUCUCUCCUUCCCUCCUCUCCUUCCCUCCCCCAUUCUCCAGAUCUCCCUCUGUCUCCUUUUCUCUCUCUGUCUUUCUUGGCCCCUGUCUCUCUCCAUGUUGGGGGUCCUGCCUCCCCCACCCCAUAUCUCCAUGUCCCCCGGGCAUUGCCCUCUCCAUGGCUCUGGUCACCCUGACCCUCUGCCCUGCCCACCGCAGGUCCCCCGGGGUCCCGGAAGCCCCUUCUGGCUGCACCUGCCAUGUUUACAGAGGGCCCCUGGGCUGCGCGGCCCCAGCCUGGGCACCCUGAUUUUUAAGCCAUAGACCUGGGGUCAGGGCAGGAAGGAACUACACUCCGCUGCUUCCGAGAACCUCGGCCGUGACAUUCGGGGCCGGGCGGGACCCGCCCCACAGACUCCAACUUCCUCUCCAAACCCCGAAGUGAAACCCGCCACCGGGUUACCCCCACCAUGGCGCCGCUGCGAGAAGUUCACCCACCCCCGAAAAAAUAAUUAAACUCGCAGGCCAGGCACGGUGGCUCACGCCUAUAAUCCCAGCACUUUGGGAGGCCAAGACGGGCGGAUCUUUUGAGGUCAGGAGUUGGAGGCCAGCCUGGCCAAAAUGGCGAAACCCCAUAUCUACUAAAAUACAAAAAUUAGCCGGGCGUGGUGGCGGCCGCCUGUAAUCCUAGCUACUUGGGAGGCUGAGGCGCGAGAAUCUCUUGAACCCGGGAGAUGGAGGUUGCAGUGAGCAGAGAUCGUGCCACUGCACUCCAGCCUGGGCAACAGAGGGAGACUCCUCCGUCUCAAAAAAAUAAAUAAAUAAACUCGUGAGCUGGCCCCAACCCCUCCUAGGAAUCACAGCUUCCCGUACUGGUGCCGCCGCAGUGGCCAAGUUGCGACACUGCCCACGGCCCCUCCCUCUGAUGCAGAUUCAGGGCUUCUCUUCGAUCAUGUUGGGUUUUGAUUCUGUUUUUCCUUGACUGCAAAACCCUCUUUCCUCUCCUCUUUUGGGACAAGAGCCCUGGUUUUCUACGCUGCCCUUGGCCACCACACUGCCUGCCCCACGAGCUGGGAGGCAGGUUUUGUACGGUACGUUGUUAUUGAUAUGAUAUAAAACAUCAAACGUC